AAUUGCACAUGCUGCCUGAGAUAAUCGAUCGAUCGAGAAUGCGGCCGUGAAUUUCGAUUCAUCGAUAGGAAGAAGUUCGUUCCUGCGCUCACGUAAGUCACGUAGUAGAAUGACAGUUCUGUGGGCAAGUAUCGUGCGAACAUGCACAAUCACUUAUUCCGCUGUCAAUUAAUCCACGUGAUGACCGAAGAUUCAUGAUCGUUCCUUCGACCGUUGCAUAUCGUUUUUCCGGACGUGUGGCUCGAAUAAAAAUCUCUUCCACCGAUGUCACGGCUACGUGUCAUGGAUAAUCGAGGGGAACCGAUUCAUAAAGACACACGUUACUAAUCAAGGAUAUUUAACGCAAAAAGUAUUCGUAACACGGAAUGAUUUAUUCUCCGUAAUAGGCUUAUCAAAUCAUUAAAAAUGUCCAGUUGCUGAUGCGACCAGCCGAUUAUCGCUCGACGUUCCGUGGUUCGCGACGAUAUUUGACGUAUAGUUAGUGAGCAAUUUCAAAAUUACGUCGUACAUCUCGUUCCAGCAAACACCUUUCAUGGAAUUGUAUUCGCAAUUUGUCAAAAGUUGGACAGAAAUGUGUUAAAUGACUUCGUGAUUAGUAUAAACAACGUUAACGACGCAAUGGAAAAAUUUGCCGUCGAUUUGGACAAAGUUCUCGACGAUUUUGAAUUUAACGAAGAUUGCGCUGAGCAAAUAGCAUCUGUUAAUCCUUCAACGAACAAUGCAUCAUCUUCCACGAUUAAGUGUAACUUGGAACCUUCGGUCUUGAAACCUUACAAUUAUCUUUUGAUAGAGUCUAGGAAAGCCAACAAAGAAUUCGAUGUUAUAUCAUCUUUGGAAAGGCACAAGGAUUUACAACAAACAGCUACGAGAAGUAUGUGUGUCGGUGACAAACACACAAUUCCUGAUGUUGUUGACUAUAGUAAAGACGAAUCAACAAUAGAUAGUGUAGACAGCGUAAAUCAUUUUUAUAUGCAAGAAUGCACGAAUGACAGUAAACUAACACAGAAACAGGCUGUCUCAUCUUACUCUGAACAGGUUCCUUUGACAAUACACAAUGACAUAUCUCAAAAGUUGAUCCAAAAGCAACAAAAUGGUAGUAGUAGUCCAAAGAUUGGCAAUAGGUACGAUAAGAAACUGAAUCAAUUUAAUACCAAGCCCAGUGUUAGUAACGUCUUCAGUAGUUUGAACGAGUACAUAAACGCGCCGCCUGGUAGCUCGGAUUGUAUUCACUCUGUAUUAGAUGAACCAGAAGUACAAUCCAAUGUAGAAACUAAAACAAUUUGGCGCGGAAACGAAGUACCUCGAUUAAUUGAAAGUUCUGUUACAGAUACCAGUGAGAGUAUAUUGCUUAAACAAACAAAUGACAUAAUUAAUACAAGUAAAGAAGCAUCGGUUUCAGGUCAUCAAGACGUCGCAGUACCCGUAACAUUAGAAUUGCCUGUUACUUGUGAAAGUAGUAUCGAAGAGGACAGCUCAAAGAAUAUCCAUUUACCAGAUAUCGAAGAAACAAAAAAUGAAACAGAACUCUUUAGAAAUUCAAUGGGAGUCGAAACGUGUAGUGGAUUAAGCAUUGAAGCAGAAGUUGUAAACAACAAAGUACAUAAUAAACAUAAUUUUGAUCAUGUACAUGGAAAUACAGAUACAGUAAGCAGAGAAAAUAAUUCACUAUUUGAGUGCCCUUAUGCUCAGAAGCCUAGUUGUAAAAAGGAGCCUGUAAACCAAUUAGAGCAAAAUAAGAAUUUAGAUACAACAAAUUCCGAUUCAGUCGAAAAACACAAGGAUAAUUUAAACCUGGAACAUAAACCACUUGGAUUCGGUAGCAUCAAUAAUUUAUCGGAAGAGGAACUGACUCAGUAUUUAGCUGAACUGGAAAAAGAAGAGAUAUUGAAGAACGAAAGUAAUAAGCACGAAAACACUACGACGCAUAAACUGCAUGAAACUGUAUUGGGAAAUGUAAUGCAAAGUACGACGCAAGAACAAAAGGAUGAAUCAUCGAUGUUGAAAGAUACAGUUGCAGAACCUUCUAAAACGAUACAGGAAGAAUUAGAUGAAAAAUUGGAAAUCGUUUCGGUGAUUGACCAUAAGAAAGAAGAAAUUGAUACGGAAAUAGAGACUGAUUUAUUAAAGAAACAAAAUCAACAACACUACGAUGAACGAGCGAAAAAAGAUGUGCGUAGCGAUGUCUUAAAUAAUGUAUGCAGUAGAGAAUCAAAGUUAUCGCAUACGGAUAAAAACGAGACGGAGAAACGCGAAGAUGUUCAUAUAACUUUAGAAAACGAAUCUGUGCCUAAUGCAGAAAAUAUUAAAGACGUUCAAGAAUAUUGUACAUACAAUAUAAAUAUUAAUCACGAAUCAUCGACUAGCGAUAAAAUUGAAACGGAAUUAAGAGAGCAGAAUGAAUGUCCUGCGCAAUAUAGUCAAGCUUGCGAAUUAAAAAUGCAAAGCAACGUCGAUAAUAACUCCGAAGAAAGUAUUUCGAUAACGUCCGAAAUAAAAGAUCUGAACGACGCGGCGCCGCAUUGUGACGAAUCAAUGUCCAAGUCCGUGGAAGCUUCCAUAAAAUCAAAUACGAGCGAUACCAGCGACGAGUCGGAGAAGCCGGUACGACCUCGGACUUUGGAUAUCGUUUUAACAAAUAAUACAGAUGACCAUCAAAUACUUGGCUCUACGAGUGAUACGUCGGGUCAAGUGCCGUCCGAUGUCGAUGGCACGAAAGAAGAUCAAGGAUCCUCGCCGGAUAUCUUGGAUAAUUCCUUACCAGAAUCUAAUUCAGCUUUGGGGAAGCAGCCUCCGUUCUGGGUACCAGAUAGCGACGCACCCAGUUGUAUGUUCUGCGAUGUAAAAUUUACAGUAAUCAAAAGGCGGCAUCACUGUCGUGCAUGCGGAAAGGUAUUAUGCAACAAAUGCUGUAGUAUGAAAUACAAAUUAGAGUAUCAAGGUAACAUCGACUCCCGCGUUUGCGUUUCCUGUUAUCAGCUACUUACGAAAGCUGAAACUGGACAAGGUUUAGGAGAAUGGUCUUCUGAUUAUCCAACGUGCAUGAGCAACAACGAUAUCAAUUCGCCCCAGGGGAGACAGCCUAAUCCAAAUAAUCCCAUGGAGUACUGUUCAACUAUACCACCCUUACAACAGUUAGCUGGCGGACUGCCCCCACCACCUACAGUCAUGGUACCUGUUGGAGUUCUUAAAAGAGAAGGCGGUACAAAGACUCGACCCGAAGUUUCAAAGUCUGUUAUGUUUAGCGAUGAACUAGACAUGUCAUGGGACUUCAACCGGCCGUACCGGAAAUUGGCAAGUAUGAUUAUACCAACGCCUGGAUCGUCCGUGCCGAGUACUUCUGUCAAAAGACAGAACUUGCCGCGUCUGGAUCCAAAUACCGGGAGUUACGUGCCGCAGGAUCCCAAUGCCCUCCCACCAACCGUAACGAUACAUAAAGGACGAGUGUCGUACCACGCUGUAACGGAUGAAGAUCUUCUCUACAAAACGAUCAAAAAUGAAUGCGAACCACCAGUGAUGUUCGCAAUUAAUCGGAAUCUCUAUGCCUAUAUUAAGAUAUUAAAUUUGAAUUGCUGCAUAAAUAAAACAUGUUGGAACGUUACAUCGAAAGGACUGGCGUGCGUUGGUCAGGACGAAGUUAUAUUAUUAGUUGAAACGUUGCCGGAUGAGACCCAGAUACCAAAGGAUCUCCUUAUUUUCAUCAACGAGUUAUACCUCGAAGCUAACGCAGGGAAUACGGUGUCCGAGUUGGGAUUCUCAAUAUAUCACGGAGGAAAUCUUUUGGGUUCGCGGGAGCAUGCAGGUUUCCUUUUUAUACGACAAACGUUGCAGUGUUUACAAAAGAUUGUUUUACCUCCCGCCCCAUUCCUAGUUGGUCUUCUGGUGCAUAGGUGGGAAACGCCAUGGGCCAAAGUGUUCCCAUUGCGUCUUGUCUUGCGCCUCGGCGCGGAAUAUCGUUACUAUCCUUGCCCGCUCUUUUCCGUCCGGUUCCGGGACGCUUUGUACUUCGAAAUAGGGCACACGGUUAUGAAGGUGCUGGCGGAUUUCAGGAACUUCGGAUACACGUUACCCGGCGUUAGAGGAUUGACUAUACACUUAAGGAACAGAAUGACGGACGUAAUGUUCCCGAAGAAUCGAUACGAUCAAGUGAUUAAAGGUUUGAACAACUCGAACGAUCAUGUAUUAGCGUACGCAUCGAAUUUCAGCAUAACCGCGGACUCGCAUUUGGUCUGCAUACAAACAAACACGGGCGACGAGAGCAGUUAUCAGACGCAAGCGAUAAGUAUCAACAACAAACCGAGAACAGUGACGGGGACGAGUUUCAUUGUUAUUAACGGCGCGUUAAAAUCAUCGAUGGGUCUCUCAGCCAAAUCGAGUAUAGUGGAGGAUGGUUUGAUGGUGGAAAUAAUGCCGGAAAAGAUGGAGGCCUUAAAGGCGGCCCUCAGAAAUAUGCAAGACUUUUCCAUCGGCUGCGGUCGACAAGGAGCACCAGAGCCGGACGAGACAGUGAACAUAAAAUGGGUCGAUAACGACGUUCAGUUUAAUCUGGGAGUUAAGAGUCCUAUCGACGGGCAACCAAUGGACGGUAUUCCAUCUAUCAGAGUACGUAAUGGUAUUCAUUGUAAAGGAACAAGCAGAUUCAUUCGUUGGAGAGAAGUAUUUAUUAUUAAGUCUGACGACCAUCCGAACGGGGUUCAUGAUCCAGUAGAUAUAAAUAAAUUAUCCGGAAACAUAGCGAAAGCAACGUGUACGGCUUUAGUGAAGCUACUGGAUCUUCUAGCUACUGCUGGUUUAAUGAAACUUGGCGUUAGAACUACCAUUCAUCCAGAUAACGUGGGUUAUGAAGCUGGUAGCGAAGGCAUGAAAUUGCCACCGAUCUACAUGAACAGUUUGGACAACGAAUUAAUUCAAGUCCUGCAUAAAGCAGCGCAAAGCAGUCAAGAUACGCAUACGGUGCUUGAAUUAAUUUUCUACAUACUUAACUAUUAAAAUCUAUCCCCGUCUGCUCCUGUUUUGUUAACAAGUUUAUCGAACGAAAUAUAAAUAUGCAAAGGGUCGCGCGACAUCUGUGCACCCGACAUGUAUAAUUUAAAAAUUCGUGAAACUAUUGAAAUAGAUGAAAAACGAGGGGAAAAACAUUUUCUAUUUGAAUACUAACCACCUACAUAGACAACACAAAAGCGCUUAUAUAUAUAUAUACAUAUAUAUAUAUCAUGAUAUGUACUGAAUCAUGUCCAGUAAAGAUAUAAGAAUAACUAUUAAUAUGCAAAUAUAAAUAAUAAUUACUAAGUGAAAGAGCAUUGUGAAUUUAAAGGUAGAUACUCGAAUUUGUUUUAAAUUAUAUUAGCUUUAUUCCUUUGGUGUCUGGAAAUCAAAUUCUCUGUUUCUUAUUAUCUUUUAUUCGGAAAACAUUGGCGACGAACGUAAAUUUUUUUUUUGUAUAAAGAAUUUUAGGAAAUUUUUAAUUGUUUCCAGUUAAAAAUAA